AUGGGGCGUUCUGCGGCACUGGGUAUUAUAGCUCUGCUUACAACAGCGUCGGCGGCUCCAACACCACAAUAUCCCUGCGACUGUACGCCUCCGCCCUGUCCGUGCCCUGUUCCGACACCAUGCGGAGACGGUCCAAUAAAAGCUACGCUGCAGAAGUCCUGCAUUCCUGACAGACUCAAAGCGAUCGGAUUCCAAGAAGUGCCAGUUCCGGGCGGCUGUUUCUACAUCGCACCCAGCCCCGACGUGAUCAUCCAGCCCCCACCGAUCUUGAUCCGGCCAAAGCAACAGCCCCCCAUCACCCCACCACCUAUCACGGUUCAACCAGCUCAACAGCCGGCUAUUCAGCCGCCCUCAAUCAUCAUAAGACCACCAGCUCUGUCUCCAAUCCAACCUCCGAUCAUUACAGUCAGACCACCGCCUUUACCCCCGCUCCAGCCAUCUCCAAUCUGCAUCAGACCCCCGGCACAAAGUCCUAUUAAUAUCAAUCCGUUCACUAUAACCCCACCUCCUAUCCCAGCGUUCACACCGAGUCCAAUAGUCGCGAGACCCCUUCCAUUGCCAACAAUCGAGCCACCGAGCGCUUCAGUACCUUUAAGUCAGAUAAUUCAGUCCGGUGUGAACAAUAAUCCUUGCUCAGAUAACUCCUACCCAACUCUAUGUGAUGCUUGUGGUUCUAAUAAUUACAAUAUGGACGGCCGUUGUGACCAGCGCAAUUCUUUUAACUAUCCGUGUAACGCUGUCGACUCAUGCGAGCAAAGUCAAUCACCUCCUAGUCCUUGCGACCAAUAUACGCCAUCUAUUGGCACGAAUGUUAAGUUCAACAAGUAA